AUGGCAGCAGAUAACUAUCGAUUCGCAGAAAGUGAUAGCUUACUAUGUUAUCAUGGACCAAUGCUGUAUGAAGCAAAAUGCUUAAAAAGGAGGAAGGCAAAUGAUGGUAAAGCACAAUAUUUUAUUCAUUACAAAGGCUGGAACAGUAAAUGGGAAGAAUGGGUAGAUGACAAUCGAGUAUUGUCUGUUAAUGCUGCCAACAUGAACAAAAUGGCAUCAUUAAAAGAAAUACAUUCAAACACAAAAAAGAGUGGGGCAAAACGUUCUAUCACUAUAGUUAAAGAAGAAACAAUACGCAAUGUUGUAACACCUCCAAUAAAAGGGAAAAAACGGAAAUAUUCUGAAAUUUCAUCAGAAUUAAAUCAAAUAGUAAAUGUUCCAUCACCAACCGAACCAAAACCAAAAAAACGAGGUCGUCCUCCAAAAAUUGUAACUCCUAAAAUUGAAGAAAUUGAACUAACAAAAUCAGUUGACUCAACUAUAGUAACUGAAACAGAGUUAGCUGAAUCAACUGAAGGAAACAAAGUGAUUGACAAAGCAACUAAAGAAGAAGACACUGCAACAAUAGUAGACACUGCUAAAAAAGAUAACACUCCUAAAAAAGAAACCACUCUUAAAAAAUAUAAUACUCCUAAAAAAGAAAAUGCUCUUAAAAAAAAUGAUACUCUUAAAAAAGAAGACACUAUUAACAAAGAUGACACUACUAAAAAAGAAAAUGCUCCAAAAAAAGAAGACGCUACUAAAAGAGAAGACACUCCUAAAAAAGAUGCUCCUAAAAAAGAAGACUCACCUAAAAAAGAAGACACUCCUAAAAAAAAAGACACACCUAAAAAAGAAGCCACUCCUAAAAAAGAAGACACUCCUAAAAAAGAAGACACACCUAAAAAAGAAGACACUCCUAAAAAAGAAGACAUUCCUAAAAAAGAAGACACUCCUAAAAAGAUGAGAAAAAGUAAAACAAUAGACGAAGCAACUGAAGAAGUUUUAGAUUCUAAAAAAGUGGAAGUAAAUAAAACUAUUAAAGCUACUAAAGAAGAAGAAACAACUAAAACAGCUGAAGAAGAAAUUAAAGUACAUGAAAAAGUUGAAAAAGCUACUGAAGAACUUGAAAAAACUAAAGUUUUUGAACCAUGUGAAGGAACUAUAAAAAUUGAAGGAUCCGAAACAAUUAAAGAAGAUGAAGGAUCUGAAACAGUUGAAAGAACUGAAGACAAUGAGGAAACUGAAACUGAAAAUGUUGCAGAGUUUGAAUCGAUUGAAGAGUUUGAAGCUGAGGAGUUUGAAGGUGAAGAGCUUGAAGGUGAAGGGCUUGAAGGUGAAGAGCUUGAAGGUGAAGAGCUUGAAGAUGAAGAGCUUGAAGGUGAAGAGCUUGAAGGUGAAGAGCUUGAAGGUGAAGAGCUUGAAGGUGAAGAGCUUGAAGGUGAAGAGCUUGAAGGUGAAGAACUUGAAGGUGAAGAGCUGGAUGCAUAUUAUGGAACUGAAGAAUUUGAAGAAUCUACAGAUGAUGAGAGAUUUUCAGAUGAAGAAUCUGAUUAUGAAGAAGCUGAUGAAAUUUUGAGAAAGGUUACUGAAAGUUAUAUGAGACUUUUAAAAGAAAAAGAAAUUGAAGAAGCUAAAAGAAGAGAAGAAACAGAUGAUACAUUUACUGUUCCAGCUCCAGUAGUAAAAAUAACACCAAAAAUCAUCGUACCAGAAGUCUUAAGACGAAGAAUUGCUUUUGAUUUUCAAAUGAUUAUGAACAGGAAUCGAAUAUUAAAAUUUUCAAAAACACUCACUAUCCAAUGUUUGGUCGAAGAUUUUCAAAAUGCACACCCUGAAUCUGAUGUAUUUGAAUACCUUGGUCUAACGCUCGUACAGUAUUUCAAUGUUCUUAUACAUGCACGAUUAUUGUAUGCACCAGAAAGAAAGAGCCAAAUACGCCAAAAGGCAUUGAAACAUUUGGACAAAUAUUUUAAAGAUCGUGAAGAACUCGAUGAUGGUAAUGAAUUAUAUCCUCGAAAAUAUUGGCAUUUGGUGUAUGGACCUUCAUAUCUAUUACGAUUAAUUGUUUUACUUCCUGAAAUUGUGGCAACCUAUAUUUAUUAUGACGUGGAUACAGCUAAUCUUAUUACAAAGUUUGAAGGUUUUUUGAAGUUUAUUGCAGUCAAUUUUGAUAAAUAUUUUUCAAACGAAGAUUAUAUUGUAAAUACAUAA